GGCGUUUAGGGUCACGUGAUGCGAAGGUGCGCACGUGUAAGUGACAGAGCCGCUCAUGGAGAGAGAGAAGAGGAGGGAGGGGCGUCGUCACACCCGGAAGUGAGGUUACUAAUCCUACUAUGGGUAAAACCGGGCUCGUUAAUAUUAAUGAGGUUGCUUGAUUGGACGCUUCAAGAGCAUGUCAGAUUAAUAUUAAUGAGCUAAGUCUUGCCAUAGUAGGAUAUGUAAUUUCACCACCCGCAUAUUGUUUUAUCUGAAACGAAGCGUACUUACUCUUUGUUCAUCAAAAGAUUGUAGGGACAGAAAUCACAGUGUUGCCUGUGUUCAAACGUUGUUUUAUUUAUUUUGUACCAUCUGAAAUGGGCGAGAAAACACUGGAAAUUCUUUAUAAUCGCUGCUGGUCUUUUCUAGCGGGUGUACCAUAUAAAGACGCUCAUAAACCCUUGUCCAGGAAAUAAAGAGCCAUGGAAAAUAGUUAAUCGUUAAUUCUGUAAUAACCGAAGAAAAGGACCGUAUUUAUGGUGUGCUGGGAAAGUUUACCGAGGAGCUCCGUGAUAACAGCGCCGCCCGGCAGACAUGAGCAGAGCCCAUUCUGCAGAAAAUGAGGAUUGGACGUGAGCUACGUGCGCAUCCAGGAGCAGACGACAUGACAUGGAGAGACUGCAAAACACGGACCUUUUAAACACACAAGGACGCCAGAGGAUCUGUUCACCGCAAGAGAGAGUCGCCAGUGGCUGUUGUGAGUCUCGCGCGGUGAGUUCAAUGGUUCUGAACGCCACCACAGCAGAGGAGCUGCUGGCAGGACAUGCGUCUACAUCUGGACCCGGGAUCAAGCUUUUGGAGGAGUCCAAGAGCGGCUUGCCUUUGUAUAAUGGCGGAGGAAUGGUAUCCCCUUCACCUACAGCAGAAGAAAGUUAUCAUGAUGCGCCUGCGCAUACGCAAAGUGGGUGUUUACAUCUAAAUAGACUAGUGGAGACCCCCAAUGGGGGCUUCACGGGUAAUGGGGACAGGCCUUUGAAGAAGCCUUGUGGAGAUGUGCGAUUCAGACAACUCCUCCACCAGAGGAGAAAAGAUGAGGAAAACAGAGACUUCGGGGCCCAUGGUGGUUUACCCACAACGGGAACUGGAUCUAGCGGUUCUUCAGAAACGUCCCAUGGACCCCACCCUCCGCUUGAAUGCAAAAGGAGGAGGCUUGAAACGGACUCCAAAACAGACUCUAGUAAAAGCACACGGGCUGUUACACCCCUUACAACCAAUUGCCAACACAAAAACGGUGGUGUCCCCAGCUCCAUGUCAUUCCCCAGUUGGGUCCAUCACAAUGGGCACAAAGUUACAGGGAACCAUGCGUCCCCUGGACAGGCCGAGGUGCGGUCCACGCCGUCCGCGGUGGCCACCAGUGCAGGAUGGUCUCCAGAGCACAUGGCUCAGCAGUACAUAGUUCCUUGUAUGAAGUUUUAUGGCAUCUGUGUCAAAGAUGGCUUCUUGGGCGAUCGACUGGGCAGUAAGGUUCUGGAGGAAGUGGAGACUCUAAAUCACAGCAGGAAGUUUAGAGGAGGCCAGUUGGUCAGCCAAAAAAACAUCCCAUCUAAGAACAUCCGUGGAGACCAGAUAGCCUGGGUCGAAGGCAACGAGCCGGGCUGCGAGAACAUCGGGACCCUCAUGGCCCACUUUGAUGAGGCAAUCAUGCGCAGUGCGGCCAAUGGACAGCUGGGGAAUUAUGUCAUAAAUGGCCGCACCAAGGCCAUGGUUGCAUGUUAUCCUGGAAAUGGAGCAGGAUAUGUGCGACAUGUGGACAAUCCGAACGGCGACGGACGCUGCAUAACCUGCAUCUACUAUCUGAACAAGGACUGGGAUGCUAAGGUUCAUGGAGGUCUAUUGCAGAUCUUCCCUGAAGGUCGUAAUGUUGUAGCCAACAUCGAGCCUUUCUUUGACCGUCUGCUCAUUUUCUGGUCAGAUCGCCGGAACCCACAUGAGGUGAAACCAGCUUUUGCCACUCGCUACGCCAUCACUGUUUGGUACUUUGAUGCAAAAGAGCGGGCUGAAGCUAAGGAGAAGUACAGACUGGCUACAGGACAGAAAGGAGUUAAAGUGCCCGUCACUCAGAGCAGCAAGACCUGAAUCUCAGUAUACGAGUGAACACGAGUGAAAUGUGUCCCGUCGAUGUGUGUGGCGCCGUUUUCAAGAGGAGAUGCAAACGGCCCAACAAUCACGUCUCUUUCUGUGGCCUCGAACAUCCAACAAAACCAUUGAUUUGAUCGGGACUGUCUUUAAAUGUACAGCAUAAACCGAUAUAUCUCAGACUCGAUGGCCAUGACCCUGAAACGCUAGCAGGAUUGGCCAUCUUUUCUACAGCAGAAACGUCACAAACAAACAUGCGUUACUUUAGUAUUUUGACGAAUAACUGUAUUUAAUAAUAAUUACAGUUUCUAAAAUCAGCCUACGCUACACCUCUGUGUGUAAGUGGGUAGAUGAGAUUUUCCAGUGGCCUUUGUCAUAUCCUGUUUAGCCCCAUGAAUGUGUAACCAGCUUAACACAGAGAUCUGACUUACGCCAAAGCCCAGCUAGAUCAUGGAAACUGACAAAAUAACCAACAAUCACGUUAUACACGAAUGCUUCAGUGGACACAAUCCCUUACAAUUGAUCCUGAGCACUAGGAAACAUUCAGGGUGAAUUCAUUCGCAAAGAACAGCGCCCUCUGAUGGCGUCAGUUUUCACGCAACGCUUUGCUGCAGGAAUUACGCAAAUCUGGUAGCCUGGAAAGCAAAUUCGCUCGCCAUGGUUUCUCAGUUUGCAGCAGACUUUAGGGCCGAUAACAUAGGAUGUGGUUUUGCACUGUUUUUUGAUAGUUGUCUUUGCCAGUUCUUCACAUCUCGGUGUAUUUUCUCUGUGUAGUUUCGCUCCAGGAGAGUUGUGCUUUGAAGACGCUGCCUCAAAUAAAAAACUAAUUUAACUUUAAUAUACGCAUCCAGGCUGUUUCCCCUGUGAACAGUCCCGUCUCAAUUUUGUCUACUUUGCUGGGACUGUAAACUGAUGCACUGAUAAUACAAUUCUGUCCGAUAAUGAAAAGUGAUAAUAAUUGUCUAAUUAUAAGCUGAUAACCGAUAAAUGGAUAUAAAUAUUAAAAUUAUAUACUGUUUUGUGAUCAUACAUUAAAAAUGUAAAACACUAAAAACUGAAUUGAAUCAUUUUAAUGCUAAAAGUAAAAUUUGGGCGUCACAACAUUUUGUACAGUAUGAAAUAUGAUUACAUUCAACAGUUAUCAAAUUAUUAAGAAUUUCAAGUGUUGAAGCAAAGAAAACUAAAUAUAAUAAUGCAGAAAAGGAGCUAUACAAAUAAAUACAAAAUACAGAUUAAUUAAAAAAUAUUUAAUAUCGGCAGAUACCCAAUAUGGCACCGAUAUAUUAUACAUUCCUAACUAUAACUGUAGGUCUUAAUUGCAUUGCAUGUAAAAUCCAAAUUUAUUUUAUUUUAUUGAGGUUUUAACAUAAACUAAUAAACUUAAUGGGAUGCAUAACUGUCAGUCAUACAUAAAAUAAACACAUUUUAUUACAUAAUACAUAUUUAAUACAUAAUAUUUAUGUAACGGCACUAAUAAACUGACUGUUUUAAAGACAAAAUAACCAGGUUAAUAUAUUUAUCAUGAAUAAAUCCAAUUUCUUUCUAUCUCAUAAAUUUGAACUAACUUAAUAGUUGCUUGUUCUAAACCUAGCCAUGUUUUAACCAUGUUAACCAUACAUUUUGACUGAAUAAAUAUAAUAGUUUUUGCAAUAAACAGGUGUAUGCUAAUCCUAAGCAAUUUGAAUAAAUGCAUUUUAUUAAUAUACUUGUUAAGAUAAGAUUGAAUAGAUGCAAAUAGUUAAUAAUAAACAAUGCAAUGUGUUUUUACAUGAUUCUUACCGGUUUCAUUUAUGACUGACAAAUAUGCAUCACAUUCCAUUUAUUAAUUUGUUUGUGUUUAAAACUGUGUAAACUAAAUGAACGCAAAUUUUAUAUGUGUUUCAAAUAAAAUAAAUCUUAAAUUAAGGCCUAAAUGUUUUGCAGCAUCGCUUCCCCGCGGCAAUCCAUUCACCUGAAUCAGCUUUAAAAUGCUGAAAAUGCUCCAGACUGCGCCGUCUCUGGAUAUAUGCCCGAUUUGAAUGCUCAUCAUCAUCAUUUGAUGAAAUAAAAUCCCUUUUUAAAUCCCUUUUAAAUAAAUGCUUUCCGUAGAUGGCUAUGUUACGUGCUAUCUGGCACAUUCUUCAUCCUGAUUUGCAUAGAAAAAAACUAUGUUUGCCCAGAAAAUAGUGACAAGGACUAGCUGUGGCUCAAGUGAUUUCACCACUCAGUUUCCAGGUUAUAAUUCACAGCUAGAGUUUGCAAAUGUAACAAAAUGUCAAAACAGGGUGACCUUUUUAAUUUAGUGCAUUAGGCCGAUACUGCUGCAUGCUGACUUUAAAGGGUCUUUCUAUAGAGAUGCACUUACCUGAGAGCUGACUUAUCUCCUCCCUGCCUCAGAGAGGCGCUGUACAGCUACAGAGAUCGAUAUGGGGCUCUCCUCAAAUUAUGGCAACAGUUUUUACAGGUGACCUGGAACAUACAACAGCCUCAUUGUAUCAGGUGUCCACACAUGCACUUCCCUUGUGCCUACAUCUCCCAGAGGGCAUUGCAAGUCCAUCAGGUGCUUGGCUAGAUGGCUAUGUUCAGAAUAGAGCACUGUGCACGGCUUAUAACUUUUAAAAGAAUGAGUAUGCGAGAAUUUUAGUAGAAUGUUAAAUUGUCAUCAAAUGAACUCAUCAUUUUUGCUUUUUUGAUCAGGUUUGCGUAAUAAUGUCUUAAAAUAAAUAUAUUCACAUUAUGAAUAAAUAUAUAUUUUAAUAUUUAUAAAUAUAAUUCAGAUGCACCUGGUUUUACUUCCCAUUCAUUUGUCUCUCUGGAAAAAGAAGGUCAGGCACAAUGCAUUGUGGGUGCUGUGGUCAAAUACUGCACAUUUUGGCAAAUGUUGCAUGCCGUCCAGGUAUUCCACACAAACAUUUGCAUAGUAUGCAUGCACAGCAUACAUAAUCUGUAUUGCAGAAACAGUAUGAGAGAAGCGUGCUAUUCUGAACAUCAGUCACAACAGCACAGAGCAGAUUUCCCAGCAUGCCGUUCUGUGCUCGAGUGCUAUAGAUGGCCUGAGAAGUGAAACAGUAAAGCACUUUAUCAAAGGAUGUGUGAUGUGUGAAUGAGAAGCUACGGAAAGAAAAUGCUUUGUGCCGUGUAACAGUAUGAAACCGAAUGAAUCAAACUGAGAACAAAAACAUGUUUGCUUAAACUUUCUGAGUUUUGCAGUAUUUAAUUAAAAUGUGUCCGAUUUUGUA